UUAAUUUCACCACUUCAAGGCUGCUGCAAUUUCAUUGUAUCCCCAUGUACAAUGACAAUAAAGAUUCUGAUUCUGACACCUAGAUCAUGUGUGUCCAGCCAGUUAGAGCAGUGUUAAUUGGAAUACAGGCAGUAAUGUGACCCUUGGUCUCCACUCCUGUUCUUUAAUGACCGUCAAUAUAAGAGCUUAUAGAUUUUGAUGAUGGGCAAUAUCUCAAGUAAGUGGCCACAGAAUUUUUGGUUUUAUCUUAAAGAAUUAGAUUUGGCCCAAUCAACUACCACAUUAUAGUAAAAGUAUGGUAGGGAAUUUAGUGAAUCCAGUAGGUUAAUUUUUGAGUAUGGUAGCGAGGAAAUGUGACUAGGUUAAAGAAGUCAGGGUUAAGAGUGUUGAUAGUUUCUAUUUUUGUGUGUUUAUAUCAUGAAUAUUUUACUCUUUCAGUUAAAACUGUCCUAAGAUUUGCGCAAUUCUACCUUGGUUUUUGACACAUUUGAUUUUAUCAUAUUGACAAUUGUUUAACUUUGUUUAGAUAUUUUUUUCUGUCUAUAGAUUGUGCAACAAAGACACUCCUUAUUGUCCCUGCUUUUCUACAGGCUGAAGUUAGUGCACAGAUCCUACCACUUUGAGUCCCCAUUGAGGCUAUAGUUUUUACUUUAUCUCAAAUAUCUCAGUAAUUGUCAAGUAGACUAAGAAUUCUUUUAGUAAAAAACGACUAAACUGCAUUAUAAAUGUAUUUCUGGAAUAUACAAAAAAAGUUUUAAUGUUACUAGCUUAAGCAAUAUACCGAUGGAUCGUUUCCCUCCCUUUUUCUAUUGUCACUUUUACUUCACACACAGACCCUGAUAUUUUAUGUCCCCAUUAGGACUAUACCCUCCCCCACCCAUACUCGCUAGCUAUGUCUGAAUUGUCUCCCUACUUCCUCACUACAAUAAAAACUCAUCGGCUGAAUUUUUUUACUUUUAUCUCAUAAAUGUACACAUUUUAAAGUAGUAAAUGUAUUACUUUAAAACACUUAAAUCACAUGUGUCAGACUGGUGGCCCGCGGGCAACAUCCGGCCCGGCCAACAAUUAUAUCCGGCCCACGAGAUCAUUUUAUAUGUCUUUUUUAAUGGCCCGGCGAUAUGAAGCGCCAAUAGAGAGACAGCAGCUGCCACGGCAACUCUGACUACCGCGGGAGCGGCCGGGCAAUUGUCUGGUGCGCAAAUGCAGCAAUGCAACUUGCCUCACUUUCCCUGUUGCCAAGUAAUCUUGAAGCAGCUUAGCGCUACUACGGUGUUCCCAAAUGACCACUUUGCUGAUAAAUUGAGCGCACUUCGCACUGAGUUCGUCCGGCGCUUUGGCGACUUUGACGCACAGAAAAGUAAUUUCGAUUUGCUUCGGAACCCGUUCACUGUCGACGUGGAAACUGCACCUGUAGAGAUGCAGAUGGAGCUGAUAGAGCUGCAAUGUAACGCGACGUUAAAGGCAAAGUACGACACUGUGGGGCCCGCACAGUUCAUUCACUUCAUUCCUGAGGCAAUGACCGAGCUCCGUCAACAUGUAGCUCGAACCCUGUGCAUGUUUGGCAGCACAUAUAUGUGUGAGCAGCUGUUCUCUGUGAUGAAAAUGAACAAAACGUCACACAGGAGUCGUCUCACAGAUGAAGACCUGAAGUCCAUCCUGAGAAUCUCCACAGCACAGAACCUAAGCCCAAACAUAAAUGAACUUGUUGCCAAGAAAAGAGGCCAAGCAUCAACCUCUAACAAACUGGCAUAAGUGCAAAAAAAUGGAAUGUUUUGAUUUGUUAAGAUUUUAAUUUUUACUUAAAGAACCAUUUUUAUUUUCAGAUUUCUCUCCAGCAUGUUCAAAUGUUCAGUUUUAAUGACAGGAGAGGCUAUUUGAAUGGAGAGCAAGAUAUUUUAAGUUUAAUUAUUUUUUGAAUGAUAGGCCUCUAUUGUAUACUGUCUGUUUGGAUUCAUGUUCACGUUCAAAAAAAGUUUUGUUUUAGUUGGUUCAAUAAAUGUUUAUCCUGUUCGGCCCACAACCUAUGUGUGUUUUGAGUUUUUGGCCCACUGUGCAUUUGAGUUUGACACCCCUGACUUAAAUUGACGACGAAAAAGUCAUACAUUAAUAAGAAAAAAUACCUAGGUUGUCUGUUUAUCUGAGCCAUGCUUGAAGAUGACAGAUGUGGAGCGUUUUGUUAAGCUUUAAUUCAGGAUGGAUUUCACAAACAGUGAAAUGCUGAACCUUUUAGCGACUCAAAACCAAAUUAUCAUUAGUGUAGCCAGAUUUCCAGAUUUCGGUGUUCGUAAUGCAGGGUUCCAUGUGUAAAAUAAGGGGCUCAGAGACACAUUUGGGUGUAGCGGACCGCCACUUUAUUCUGUUUUAAAAAAACGUUUCUUAACUAAUUGGUUAAUCAUUUUUGCAUAUGUUUAACAGCUGGAUUACUUCUCUGUACCACCAAUUUGUUAGUUUGUUUUGUUUAUCUCUUUUUUGCAGUUUGUUUACUAUUUAACAGUUCUUUCUGAACAUCCAAGACAGUGCUCACCUGUGUGAGCUGUAGACUAAAUCAAACGUACCCCAAAUAUUCAUGUUUUUUUUACUCCUUACUUAACAGUUUAAGAGUCUUUAUUUAUGUUCAACAGCUGUGUUUCUUCUCUCUACCUCUUAAUUAUUUGUCUUCUCUCUACCUCUUAAUUAUAGUCUGUCUUUUCGUGUCACUCAGACAAAGGUGGUGAUCACCUGUGUGACCUGUAGAAUAAAUCAAACGUACCCUAGAAAACAGUUUCUUUUUCAGCAGAACUCUGACUGAGCACACCACAUUUUUCUCCGUCACAUGUGAAGCAGAAUCCUCACUUUAACCAAAAGAUAAUGGUAAGUUGUUAUUUAUUUUAAUAUAUUAAAGAUGUGGAGGUAAGAGUAGAUUUUUCAGUUUAAAAACCGAAGACUGUUAGCAAUUUCCUCCAUGAUGGCUAGCAGGCACAUGUGGUGUUAGCAACAGUCUGGAAAUGCAUGCAUGGUUAGCAUUACAGUAGCUUGGAGGAGUCCAGGUACUUUGAAGGGUGGAAUCUUAUGAUAAAAAAAAUAUUUUUUUUAAUGUAGAGGUAGAACAGAUUUUUCCCCCCCCAUCAAAACUGGGGUUUUGUUAAUGAAAUAGCCCAGGCUGAGGCUGCAUGAUGAAGCCUGGGCUAGCUUAGCUAGGCUGCAGGUCCCCACGGUCCCGCUGUAAUAUAGCAAAAUAUAAAAAACGCCCAAUACUGUGUAGUAAAGAAAUAUAAUUUUGUAUCAAAUUUCCAGAACUUAGAGACGGAAAAUACCUAAAGCUGUUCUGGGAGUCAAGAAAAGCUUCAGUUGCUUUUCCUAAUUUUUUACUGACUCGGCAGCCAUUUUACUUAUUGUGUUAUAAUGCAGAUGGGUUAAUGUGGGGGAGGGGUUGCUACUCUCAAAGGUUUUUCUCUAUUAAAAUGCUUAAUUUUACACGUCAUUUCGUUGUUCAUUGAGCACUGAUGAAUGCUGUAUUUUUAUUGAUUUAUUUACAAAACGUAAAUGACUUUUGCCCACAGGAUGAACCAGAUGAACCUUUGAGAGGAAAUAGUCCUGACAGGAGGGCUGAGGUGACUGGCAGACCCAUCGCCAAAAAGAAGAAAGAGACUUUAAGUCAACAAAAGAGGCUCAGGAAGCGGCUCCAGAAGCUAAAAAGACAUCACAGAAAGUGUGAGAAACAGUACAAUAAAGCCCAGAUGAAGCUGGCAGACAGAGAAAGGGAAAGGACUUUGUGUCUUCAGAGUUGCCCUAAACCAGUUACCAGAGAAAUGCCGGGUCUGUCAGAGGAGUCUCCAUCCUCCUCUGGCAGUGGGGAAGAAUAUAUCCCUCGAACAGAGAGUGAAGGAUCCACAGAUGAAGAAACGGCUGUACAGCCCACCAGACAGCCACAAAGAAAGAAAAGGAAAGAAACAGAGAAAAGAGGUAUGUCCCAGUCUGGGCCACUGGCUGAAAAAGAGCAGGAAGCCUCCUCAGAUGAUGCCUCUGUUGUGGUCAUGACACUGAAGAAAAAAGAAGAUGGCAGACGUCUCUAUGACAAGACCUUCUACUGUGUUUUUUGUUCUAAACCUUUCAAAAAAAUCUCUCGCCAUUUACAAUCAAAGCAUAAAGAUAAGCCAGAAGUUUCAAAGGCCUUCCUGUGUCCAAAAGGUUCAAAAGAAAGAAAAAUUCAGCUGAGUUUACUGAGAAACAAGGGAAACCGUAUUCACAACAACAAGGUCCUUAAGGAAGGAAAAGGAAUGGUGAUCCCUCGUCAGCAAACCAGUGGACCAGUAAAAACCAGCGAUUACAUGCACUGUGUGAACUGUGAAGCCUAUCUGAAGAGAAAGUCCUUAUGGAAGCACAUGAAGAGAUGUCAUCUCAGUAAGGAAGUCAAAGGCUUAAAGCCUGGAAAAACACGAGUUCAGGCCCUUUGUGGUUAUGCUCAGCCUGUUCCUGACAAUGUCAGUGCACAGUUUUGGAAGAUGGUACUUGAAAUGCAUAGCGAUGAAGUAUCUGAAGCUGUCCGGAAAGAGCCUGUGAUAUUGAAGUUUGGGGAACACCUCUAUGGUAAACAUGGACACGACACAACAAAACAUGAAUACAUCAGACAAAAACUUCGUGAGACAGGACGCCUUGUUCUACAGGCAAAGAGAUGUGGCAAGCUGAAGAGGAUGUCAGACUUCUUUCUACCAUCUAAUUUUCCUCAUGUCAUUAAAGCAGUUCACAUGGUGGCGGGCUUCAAUCAGGAAACCAGCACUUUCAAAAAACCAUCUUUGGCACUUAAGUUAGGACACAACUUGAAGAAAAUGGCAAAUAUAGUCGAAUAUGAAGCCAUGGUUGCAGGAGAUGAAGAAACUAUUAACAACAUUCACAUGUUUAAGCAAAUCUGUGAGACAAAAUGGAGUGAACUUGUAUCUUCACAAGCCCUCAGGAAUAUGAGUGAGGCUAAAUGGAAUGCUCCUCAUCUGCUUCCCUUUGCAGAAGAUGUUAAACAAAUGCAUGAUUAUAUUGCCAAACAAAGGAAGGAGUGCCAGGCAAACCUGGAAGCUGAACCAAGUAAGAAGCACUGGGCAGAUCUUGCCAAAAUCACUUUGUGUGAAGUGAUCAUUUUCAAUCGCAGAAGAGAAGGAGAGGUUUCCAAAAUGUACCUCCAUAGCUUUACACUUCGGGAUACUUCCCAGAGUCACCCGGAUUUGGAGCUUGCUUUAACAGACCUGGAAAAAAAGCUCUGCAACCAUUUCCAGCGGAUUGAAAUCAGGGGCAAGCGAGGGCGAAAAGUACCCAUCCUCCUCACACCUGAAGUAGUGACAUCAAUGGAGAUUCUUGUAAAGACUCGAUUCAAGUGUGGAGUGCCUGAUGACAACCCUUUUUUUUUUGGGAGACCAGAUGCAGUCACUUAUUUCAGGGGGUCAGAUGUCAUUCGUCACACUGCCCGAAGCUGUGGAGCCAAACACCCAGAGGCACUUUCUUCUACAAAAUUGAGGAAACAUGUUGCAACCAUGUCUAAGGUCCUGAACCUGAAAGAUAAUGAAAUGGACGACCUUGCUGACUUCUUGGGCCAUGACAUCAGAGUCCACCGCCAGUAUUACAGGUUGCCAGAAGGGACAUUACAAAUGGCAAAGAUAAGUAAGGUCCUGCUGGCACUGGAGCAAGGAAAUCUGUCAGACUUUAAAGGAAAAAAUCUGGAUGAGAUUCAAAUUGAUCCUGAAGAGGAAAUAACUCUGGACCCCUCUGACAGUGAAGACGAAGCCAACAUAACUGUCCAGCAAAGUACACCACCAGGUUCAGGGAAAGAAAAAAUUUCAACAGACCCUCAAGAAUGCACUGUGCUGGAAAAAGAUGAAGAGAUGCCAGUGCCAGUGGAGCCCUCAGGAAUAUCACCUCUUGGACAUGGUUUAUCCAGGAAACGGAAAUGGAGUGACGAGGAAGUGGAAGCUGUGGAAAAAACUUUAAUGGAGUUCAUCACAAUGAGGAAAGUCCCUGGAAAAAAACAGUGUCAGUUCUGUAUCCAGACCUCACCUACAGCAUUAAGCAACAGAACAUGGGAAGGUAUCAAAUAUUAUGUCAAAAAUAGAAUUGAUGCCUUGAAAAGAAAGGAAAGGUAAGCUGGACUUAUCUGAAAGAAUUAAAUGACAGGCUGUUGUUUAAAUUUGCUGUUGUUUUUUUGUUUUUAUUUGACCAAAUUAUGCAUCAGCGCUUUUUUAUUUAAAUUUUAGCAGUCAUGCUGUUAAAAACCUUUUAAAGUUGUAUGUUUUCUGUUUUGUUCCUUGCUUUGAGAUGAGCAGACAUAUUAAGGCUGAUGGAUUUUUCAUGUUUAACAGCAAAAAUAAAGAAGUUAUUGGCCUGGCUAAAAGCAA